UGUGCCUCACGGACCCUGGCGAGCGUCACCAACCUACCGUCCGUACACAUUUACAUCGAGGAUAUCUGCCGGCAUGGACUACCCGCCACCACCACCACCACCACCACCACCACCUCCGCUCGACGACGCUCCGCCACCGCCGCCGCCCAGCUCUGAUGCGCCUCCACCGCCGCCUCCGCCAGAGGAAGAGUCGCUAGGCCCAGCGCUGCUGCCAAGGAAAGUGAAGAGAGGGUGGGCGUCGCAGAAGAAGCAGCCGCCGAGUAUAGACGACAUUCUCCAGGCGAAGCGCGAGAAAGAGGCUGCUGCUGCGAAGCCCAAAUUCCUCUCCAAAGCAGAGCGCGAGCGCAUGGCGCUAGAGAAGCGACAGAAGGAGGUCGACGAUGCGCGGAGGAGGCGUGAGGGCGCAGACGCAGUUGCGAACGGGAGUGGAGCGGCACAGGACGGGUAUGCAUCGAAUAGCACGCGCAAUGGGGCACGGAACGGCACAUCCUCGAUACCCACAGGGCCUCGGUCUAUGAGGCAUGAGACUCCCAAUGGGGCGUCAAGAGAUGGCCCAAGAAGUCGAGACAUGGCGCCUCCACCCGUACCAGAUAAGAAGGCAGGGAAGCGGCCGCCGCCAGAGGAUGCAGAGGCUGCCAUGAUCCGGAACCGGUACAUGGGCGCAGAGCAGAACCUGUCGACUUUCUCGGCAAAGAAAAAGCGCAAGCGGACAACGGAGAAGAAGUUCAACUUCGAGUGGAACGACGAGGAGGACACAAGCUACGACUACAACCCCAUCUACCAGCAAAAGGCGGAAGCGAACUUCUUCGGGCGCGGCAAGCUGGGCGGCUUCACAGAAGACAUGACAGAGCGCAGCACGCAACAGUUCAUCGAGGCCAUGAUCGAGCGCGACCCCGAGUCUGGGCGGGCACGAGCAGAGGCCAUUCUCGAGAUGGAGAGGCGGCGAAAGGAGGAGGGCAGCCGCGCACAGCUGGACAAGCACUGGAGCGAGAAGAAGCUGGAGCACAUGCGUGAGCGCGACUGGCGCAUUUUCAAAGAAGACUUCAACAUCGCCACCAAAGGCGGCGCAAUCCCGAACCCCAUGCGCAACUGGUCCGAAGCCGGCCUUCCGGACAACCUCAUGCGUAUCGUCGACCAGGCCGGCUAUACUGAGCCCUCCGCCAUCCAGCGUGCUGCUAUCCCUGUUGCCUUGCAAUGUCGCGAUCUCAUCGGUGUCGCCGUCACUGGUUCCGGUAAAACAGCAGCCUUCAUCCUCCCCCUCCUCGUCUACAUAUCCCAACUCCCACCCCUCGGGCCCGCAAACCGCAACGACGGCCCCUACGCUCUCGUCCUCGCACCCACGCGCGAACUGGCGCAGCAGAUCGAAGUCGAAGCAAAGAAAUUCGCCAACCCGCUCGGCUUCAAAACAGCCGUCAUCGUCGGUGGUCACUCGAUCGAAGAACAAGCCUUCCAAAUGCGCGACGGGUGCGAAAUUAUCAUCGCCACGCCCGGUCGACUCGUCGACUGUAUCGAGCGCCGCGUCCUCGUGCUCUCGCAGUGCGCGUACGUUAUCAUGGACGAGGCAGACCGCAUGAUCGACAUGGGUUUCGAAGAGCCCGUGAAUAAGAUUCUCGACGCUCUCCCCGUCGGCAACGAAAAACCGGAUAACGAGAUGGCGGAGGACCCCGACGCAAUGAAGCGCGGCAUGUACCGCCAGACGAUGAUGUACACAGCCACCAUGCCCACAGCCGUCGAGCGGAUCGCACGCAAGUACCUCCGGCGUCCAGCCAUCGUGACAAUCGGCAAUGCCGGCGAAGCCGUCGAAACCGUCGAGCAGCGCGUCGAGUUCGUGCAGGGCGAGGAGAAGCGGAAGAAACGACUCGCCGACAUCCUCAACUCGGGCGAAUUCGCCGCACCGAUUAUUGUAUUCGUCAACAUCAAGCGCAACUGUGACGCUAUUGCACGAGACAUCAAACACAUGGGCUUCUCAUCCGUCACACUGCACGGCUCCAAAACGCAGGAGCAGCGUGAAGCCGCGCUGCAGAGUCUGCGCGAGGGGAGGACAGAUGUACUUGUCGCGACCGAUUUGGCGGGUCGUGGUAUCGACGUGCCGGACGUUUCGCUGGUGGUAAAUUUCAACAUGGCGACCUCUAUUGAGAGCUACACUCAUCGUAUUGGUCGUACAGGUCGUGCCGGCAAGUCUGGUGUGGCCAUCACCUUCUGGGGCAAUGAAGAUGCGGAUGUGUUGUACGACCUCAAGCAGAUGCUGUCCAAGAGCCAGAUUUCAAAGGUGCCAGAGGACCUCAGGAAGCACGAGGCGGCGCAGCAGAAGGGCGGGAGGAAGAAGGAUGGAAAGAGUGUUUUGACAUAGGGUCGUUCCGAGUAUCGAUAAUUCUGGGAUCACGUAGUAUUGAAACUGCC